UAGCAAUUGGUUAACACUAGUCAUCAUUAGCUUUAAAUUAUUACUCCAUUUGAAAAAUAAGAAGAAGAGGAAGUCGCCGGCGCCGGAAAACCAGCCGGCGAUUUGGAAAACGACAACCUAGUGACUCGUGGUGCAUGCUAUCCGAUACCGAGUUCCGAGAACCAAUCCCAGCUCAACCUGCCACGCAACAUAACCAGCGAGUCAACUCGGGAUUCAACGCACUCAUUAAUGGCGCUCCAAAUGAUGAGAUUCAGAGAAGGAGCCAUGGAAGUUCAUCAGUUCAGGAUUGCUUUUUUGUUCUUCGUUUUAUUCAACGCGGUGGUGGCUCAGCAAGGGCGACUGAGUUCGAACUCGGAGUGGAGAGCUUUGUUGGGCCUCCGGAGCUCACUUGGUAUCAGAGCUAGGGAUUGGCGAAGAAAAGUGGAUCCUUGCUCGAAAUGGACCGGAGUGAAGUGCCGGGAAGGGCGUGUUAUCGGAAUAAAUUUAUCCGGAUUGACGCGAACGCGCCAGGGACGGAUUAAUCCACGGUUUGAUGUUGAUUCUUUAGCCAAUUUUACAACUUUGGAGGUUUUUAAUUCAUCCGGGUUUUCUCUUCCAGGGUCAAUCCCGGACUGGUUUGGUCAGAGGUUAAGCGCCCUCCAAGUGCUCGACCUUAGUUCCAGCUCAAUUCUUGGCUUGCUUCCAUCUUCGCUUGGAAGUUUGAGUAGGCUUUCUCAUCUAUCUUUAUCAAAUAAUUCAAUUGCUGGGACUAUUCCUCCUGCACUUGGGAAAUUAUUGUUUUUAGAGUCUCUUGAUCUUUCAAGGAAUGAAUUGGCAGGUUCAAUUCCAAAUGCUUUUUCAGCUCUUCAAAAUCUUACUAGUCUCAACUUGUCUUCAAAUUAUUUGUCUGGUUCAAUUCCUAUUGAGUUUGGUUCACUUCAUAGCCUCAGGUCCCUUGAUUUAUCCAGUAAUAGUGUCAGUGGUUCUAUUCCUGAUCAGCUGGCUAAUCUUUCUCAGUUGGUGGAGCUUGAUCUUGGGCAGAAUUACCUGUCAGGUUCAUUGCCUGAGGUUCUGGGUAGAUUGAGAAGUUUAGAGAAACUGUUGGUUGGGAAUAAUCAGCUAGAGGGUGCCAUUCCUGUUAGCUUGUUUUCAAAUCUUACUAGGUUGAAGGAUGUAGUUCUAAGAGGGAACAAUUUGGGUGGUGAACUUCCUGACAAUUUCUUGACCAUGUCCCACUUGAGGUUUCUUGAUAUUUCUGGGAAUAACUUCACUGGUGGUUUUCCAAACUUGAUGUCUUUUAAUGCCACAGGGGCUUCAUUCAACUUCUCAAACAAUAAGUUCUAUGGGAAUUUGACGUCUGAAAUUGGGAAUUUUCGUUCAAUUGAUCUGUCGAGCAACUAUUUCCAGGGAUUUGUUCCAAGUAAUGUUGGUAGCAGUGUAAAUAUUACCAAUAAUUGCUUGCAGAAGAAAACAGGUCAGAGAAAUCCCGAAGACUGCAGAAUGUUUUACGCUAAUCAGAAUGGGCCAGUGCGAAUUCCAUUGCAAGAAACUCACAGUCGCAAAAAUAGAUUGGUCUACAUAUUGGUUGGAGUUAUUGGUGGAUUCAUUGUGCUAUUGUUAUUGGCAAUAAUAGCAUUAUACUGGAAAAAGCGCUCUAGCAGAACUCCAAUCCAAAGUGAGUCUGCAAAUGUGCGGCCUGUCCAAGAAGCAGCCAAUACUGCACCACCCGAUAAGGCUUCUGUUGAUUUAUCUGCUCUAGGAGAACUAUUUAUGUAUGAGAAGGUACUUGAAGCCACAAAUCAUUUCAGUGAUACAAACUUUAUGACACAUGGACACUCGGGAGACAUCUACAGGGGAAUGUUGGAGAAUGGAUGCCCCGUGGCAAUUAAAAAACUAAAUUUGCAAUCCCUCGAGAAUAAAUCAUACAUAUUAGAGCUGGAGUUUUACAGGGAUUUCAAUCACCCUAGGUUGAUCCCACUUUUAGGGCAUUGCCUGGACCAGGAGAGUGACAAGUGCUUGAUUUACAAGUACAUGCCAAAUGGAGAUUUGUCCAAUUUAUUGUACAGGGUAUCAAAUUCCGAAGGUGAAGAUGUACAAUCCUUGGACUGGAUAACAAGAUUGAAAAUUGCUAUUGGGACUGCAGAAGCUUUGUCAUACUUACACCAUGAAUGCUAUCCUCCCCUUGUUCACAGGGAUAUUCAAUCUAGCAGUAUCCUUCUUGAUGAUAAAUACGAGGUCAGGCUGGGAAGUCUGAGCAAAGUUUGUGUUCAGGGCAGCGAUAAUCGUGAGAAUAUGAUCUCAAAAUUUCUGCGAAUACCACAGAGCUCUGGAAAGGGCACGCAUAGUAUGAGGAAGCCACCAUCCUCAAAUUGUGCUUACGAUGUCUACUGUUUUGGAAAGGUCUUACUUGAGCUUGUAACUGGCAAGGUUGGCAUAAGCAAGCCAGACGAUAACUCUACAAAGGAGUGGUUGGAUAGAACUCUUCCUUUCAUAAGUAUAAGCGAAAGGGAAAAGGUUGCCGGGAUUGUGGAUCAGUCGAUGAUUGUUGAUGAGGACUUGCUGGAAGAAGUAUGGGCAGUGGCUGUGGUGGCGAAGUCAUGCCUUAAUCCCAGGCCUUCCAGGCGCCCCAUAAUGAGGCACGUCUUAAAAGCACUGGAAAGCCCUUUCAAGGUUGUGAGGCAAGAUUUUAGCUCAGGAAAGCUGAGAACGGCUUCAUCCAGGAGAUCAUGGACAUCAGCUUUCUUUGGUAGCUGGCGCCACAGCUCAUCUGAUAGUACAAAUGCGAGCCAAGGGAGCAAAGAAGGUACGAGUGGUGUUAAACAGACUUCUAGACUAGGAUCUCAUAGUAGUGGGAAUGAGCAUUCAUCUUCUCGGAAUAAAUCCUCCAGCGAGAUUUUCCCUGAGCCAGUGGAAUCACAUGAUUUAGAAAGACAAGAUACCAGCCAGCUAAGCCGAGAACUCUGAGUUCAUUUUAUGCUUUAUUGAGUGCCUUGAUCAACUGCGUUUCUGCAGAUCCAAGAGUGUCCUCUCUUUCUCCAACAAUGGCUUCUCUUGUGUUGGGCGUAUGAAGAAAAUUGGUUUAAACCAGAGAAUGUGAACAAGAAAGGCUUCAGGAUUUUAUUUGCAUAAAGAGCUUGUUUAAAGUAUAAACAAGCCACAAGAUUUAUAAUGCCUUGACUGCAAUAAGGUCCAUCACAAAAUGUGAAUGUAAAUGCCUAGGGUAUAGUAUUGAAUUUGUGUAACAGUAUUGCUUUAGGCACCAGAAUGCAAUUCGUUAUCAGUCCUUGGUUGAAGAAUAAUAUGAAACCUUUCAAGGUACAAAUAGAAAAUUUUUGAGUGUGAUUAUAUGUACUAUUGAUAGUUGAUGCCAGUAUUGAAUUGAAAUGCAUUUUGCUUAUUACGGAGUA